UGGGAGCUCGCCUGCCUCUGCAAAGUCCAUCUGGGAGGUGGCGAUGGCACUGCCACACUGGGAGCCUGGGGCAGCAGCAGGGCUGGAGGGCGUGCAGGAGCUCUGCUCGCGACCACGUGAAGACUGAGGUCCUGAUGGACCUGCAGAAGAGACGAAGAGAUAAAGUCCACAGCUCAGAGACGAGGUCAGGACGGUUCAGAGGAAAAACAUGCAAGGCGAGGGGACUGGCCAGAUCACCCUGGGUGUGACUUCACAAGCCAAGUUCAAGGACAGAGUUCAAGACAGCUUUCCCAAGGGCUGUCUUCUCACAAGUGGGCUUGUGAGAAAAUGAGGCCAGGAAACAGCAUGCAAGUAUGAGAUGUUUUGCUGCCAAAGGUCACAGACUCACAGGGUGUGGAAUUCCACAAAAAUCCCAACAGGCAUUGUGCAGUUAGGAUCAGAAAAACACAAAAUCAGCAGGUAAAUGCCAGUCCCUGGGAGGAGAGAACCGAAAUGUCUACUGGAGCUACUGCCAAGGCUGCAGCAGGAGACGUUUCCAGUGAUGGUGGUUUAAACACGGCUCCAGAGCAAGCCCCCAGGAAAGGUCUCUGUUCUGUCCGACAUGGGCUGGCUCUCGUCUUGCAGCUGUGUAAUUUUUCGAUUUAUACCCAACAAAUGAACUUGAGCAUUGCCAUCACAGCCAUGGUGAACAGCACAGUGGCUCCCAGCCAGUCCAAUGUCUCCACAGAGAUGCCCCUCACGGACCCCCAGGACCACUGGAACCUGUCUCGAAAGGAGUUCAAGGCAGUGGCCCCUGCAUAUGACUGGAGUCCUGAGAUCCAGGGGAUCAUCCUCAGCUCCCUCAACUAUGGUUCCUUCGUGGCCCCCAUCCCCACGGGCUACAUGGCUGGAGUAUGGGGAGCCAAGUACGUGGUCGGCAUUGGCUUGCUGGCUUCCUCCGUCCUGACCCUCUUCAUCCCACUGGCGGCUGACGCUGGAGUGGCCUUGCUCAUCGUCCUUCGGGUCAUCCAAGGCAUAGCCCAGGUUAUGGUAUUAACAGGUCAAUAUUCAAUUUGGGUCAAAUGGGCUCCCCCGCUGGAAAGGAGUCAGCUCACCACCAUUGCUGGAUCAGGGUCAAUGCUGGGGACCUUCAUUGUCCUUCUCACUGGUGGCCUCAUCUGCCAGAAUAUAGGAUGGCCUUAUGUCUUCUAUAUAUUUGGUGGAAUUGGCUGUGCCUGCUGCCUUCUCUGGUUUCCUCUUGUUUACAAUGACCCUGGGAAGCACCCCUUCAUCGGUGCUGAUGAGAAGAGAUACAUCAUGAGCUCCCUGGCUCAACAGGACUGUUUGCCAGGUUGGUCUCUCCCCUUGAAAGCUAUGGUCCUAUCCCUACCACUCUGGGCCGUCGUCGUCGCUUAUUUCUGUGAAUACUGGCUGUUUUAUACCGUGAUGGCGUACACACCCACGUACAUCAGUUCUGUACUCCAAGCCAACCUCAGAGACAGUGGGAUCCUGUCGGCUCUUCCAUUUGUCGUUGGCUGUUUCUGCAUUAUCCUGUCAGGUCUACUGGCAGAUUUUCUCCUCUCCAGAAGAGUCCUCAGACUAGUCACCAUCAGGAAGCUCUUCACUGCCAUAGGUGUUUUCUUCUCAUCUGGGGUCCUUGUGGCCUUGCACUGGGUUCGAUCCAGCCACAGCACCACCAUGGUCUUCCUGGUGCUGUCUUCUGCCUUCAGCAGCCUCUGUGAAGCGGGAGCCCUUGUUAACUUCUUGGAUAUCGCUCCUCGGUAUGCCGGCUUCCUCAAGGGGCUGCUGCAAGUCUUCGCACACAUAUCGGGAGCCGUCUCACCCACCGUGGCGGGAAUUCUCAUCAGUCAGGAUUUGGAGGUAGGCUGGAGAAAUGUGUUCCUGCUCGCAGCAGCUGUAAACAUUUCGGGGCUGCUCUUCUACCUCAUCUUCAGCCGAGCAGAGGUGCAGGACUGGGCCAAGGAGCAGACGUUCACCCACCUCUGAAAAGAUGGAGGGAUGCGUGAGUUUGGUGUCCACUGCUGUCCUCCCAGACCGUCCCCCUGCCUGCGUGGCUGGCUAGCCCUGCGAUUGGAACUACUCUGUGUGCAGUAUCACCUCGUGUCCUUGCCUCUGUAAUACUGAAGGUUUUACCAGGCCUGGAGAUUUUACAGUUUAACUGUAAACUCCUGAAAUGGCAGGUGUGUCUGAGUGCUAUGUGUCCUACGUUCCUUCCAUUUCUAAACAAUGGAAAGUUCAGGGCCUACUGUGGAGCCCUAGACCAGGAGACCAAAGCAGCAACGUGGCUCCCAUGUUGCGGGAGGAGGGAAUCGGGCACUUCUGAGGCUUGGUGUGGGUGGGAUGUCUAAAUAAGAAACAGCAAGGAGUAAAGGGCCAUGCAGAGUGAAUCUAUCUCAAAGGGAGCAAUGAACGUUCCUCCAACCAGAGUGGGUCCAGGUGUCAGCUCUCCCAGUCUUGCUUCCUGGGAAUGCCAGCUUUGGACUGGGAUCAGAUCUACAGUAUCUCAUUGCUCAGGUGCUCUCUGGGUCCAGCCCCCACAUAGCUACCUUCUUUGUGGCCAUCUCACAUGUGGGCCCAUGCAGAUCCCUUGCAUCUCAGUAGAUGAGCAUGGCCUGGUUUCUUUCCUUUUCCCUCAAACACUUCUUCGUGGUGCUCCUCCCAACUCAGAUGUUCUUCUUUGCUUCUGACCUUUGGGGUCUUGCACCAUUGUGUCUCAUUCAAUGUUCCAAAGAUAUAUAUAAAACCCACACUGGCUCCAUUCAUUCCAGAGGUGAGGGAGGUGGCUCCAUCCAUUCCAGAGGUCAGGGAGGUGGCUCCAUCCAUUCCAGAGGUCAGGGAGGUAACUCUGUCCCAUUCCAGAGGUCAGGGAGGUGGCUCCAUUCAUUCCAGAGGUCAGGGAGGUAACUCUGUCCCAUUCCAGAGGUCAGAGAGGUGGCUCCAUUCAUUCCAGAGGUCAGGGAGGUGGCUCCAUUCAUUCCAGAGGUCAGGGAGGUGGCUCCAUCCAUUCCAGAGGUCAGGGAGGUAACUCUGUCCCAUUCCAGAGGUCAGAGAGGUGGCUCCAUCCAUUCCAGAGGUCAGGGAGGUGACUCCAUCCAUUCCAGAGGUCCGAGAGUGUCCUAGCAUGUCUGCUCUCAGUGAGCCUCUGCAUGGGCAGUGCAGUGACCAUGAAAAAGAUCAAAAAAUUGAAACACAGUGAAUGUUGAUGAACACAUAUUUACUGCUCACGGGGACUUGGCAGAAAACAAAAUCAUACGUGACACAAAGGAGCUCAAUAUCCCAAAAGGGCAGAUGGCCCUAAUCACAGUAUCAUACAAAGGACUGUGUAAUGAGCACUGUGGGAAAUGAAGCAAUGGGGAUGUGCCCUAGGAGAGUGAGUGGUGGGUGCAUGUGCACAGGCCCAGGAAAGAGAGGUCACGCUCAAAUCUCCAACUGAGCUGGGGUCUGAAGGACAACUGUUAACGGUGCCAGGAGGCCCACGGGGAGAAGGUUCUAGAAGGGGCACCACAUAAGCCAAGGUUUGGUGGCAGGAGCGAGCAGUCAGGAGGGACCAGAGUGCAGAGAACAAGAGAGGCAAGGUCGGUGAGUGGGUUAUGGGGUCCCCAAGGGCAAGAGCACCAGGUACUGGGACCCAGUAAGAAGGCCCAGAUUAGCGGGAAGUGUGUUAGUGGGAAGGACAAAAUCAGGGUUCUGUGUUUUGGAGGUUAUCUGCUUGAGGGACCAGGAAGGAGUAGGGGCUCACAGUAACUUCCUCAAGAGGUGAGGGUCUCUGGAGCCAUCUGCAGAACCAGCACUGAGCAGGCGAUCACCCAGACCACAGCAGGACCAAGGUUGCUUAAUGAUGUGGACCUCUUGCCCCGCCCCAGUUCUUCCUGUUUAAACCUACAGCUCCUGUCAGCCCCACAAGACAGGGUCAGAUGCAGGGUCUCGCCUGGCCUUCCCAAUGUGGCCUGAUUGGCUAAACUUCUUUUCCUGCUUUUCACCACUACCUUUUCUUUUUGGUUUUUGGACUGAGUGUCUGUAUUUGGUUGGUUGGAAACCUGAAGUCAGGUGCUGGCCAAGGGCUCCAGUGACACUGUCAGCGCAGCAGAGGGAACAGCAAGUCCAAGAGGAAGAGCUCUGUAUGGCACAUGGCACUAGGGUUGCUGCGCCAGAGCCCCUCUGCCACCUCACAAGGCACGCUCAGAGCUUCCAGAGGCCUCCAGCUCCAGCCCAAGGGGAAGGUGCCGCUGGCCACCAGAUACCAGGUGGCCACCACAGCCCAGGCAGAGCUGGCUCAGCUAAGGAACAGUCAACAGAAACGGAAUGGUUUCCACAUUUUGAAAAGGAACCGGAAGCAGAAAAGGAAUUAGCAUGUAAAUGAAAAAAUGAACACUUCAUCAAAGAUUUAGAAAGCGUACACACAAUGGAAAUUUAAAAGACUCAAUAAAACUCCUGAAUUACUGGAGGCAGGCAAGAGUGCAGCAACAGGAGGAGGAGCAACAGGAUAGGAAGGUCUUUCUAUAAGGAAACAAAUACAACUCAGGAAAACGAAGUAUAUUUGUAAUGAUAGAUGCAGUUGGAUCAGACCAAUCUAUACCAAGGGAACCGCUCGCAAAGUGGUGACAUAAUUGAACUCACUUAUGUGCCCUUUUCAAGAAACACUUAUUAAGUGAAAUGAUUUGGAAAGGUGGAAUUUAAAGGCUAUGAAAAAUAGUCCAGAGAGUCUCCAGAUUCACGCACACACGUACACACACAAAUUUAGGGUUGCCAUAUCAAUAGCAGAAAGUAAAUCAAACAUAAAAAGUAGAAAUCACAAGAUGGAAAAAGCUGAUAAAUUUAUAAAAUCAAAAUACAGUUCCAACCAAGAUAUGCUUGCUAAAGUCUGCUUGAAAUUUUAAAAUCUGAAUAUUCCAAAAUAACUGCUUUAAACAUGGAGAAAUGAAUGCCAAUACUAGAAAACAUUAGUGCAAUGUUCACUAUUUAAAAGAUCAAGGACUGUAUAUGAAAACAAGAGUUGAAGAUUCUGAACACAGUAAUGUGGUUGCUGCCAUCACUGUGCCUAACUCUGCAUCUGGGAAACAAACGACAGAUCUCCGCAAAUGCUCCUGGGAUAUUUUCUAGCACUCUUAUGUGCUUCUUCAUAAGGACAAUUUCAGUCAUUUCUGCAUGAAAACAUUAAGAGACUCUCCUACUUCUAAAUGGUGGUUAUAUUCCACCCACUUAAAAUUUAUUAACUAAUACCGUGUUGAUGUCCAUGUUUAGUUCUGCUCCCAAAUUUCUUCAAUUGCUGAUCAGUAAUCUUGAACACACAUGCAUUUUGGCAAAUUUUCAGGAGUGCCCCAUUGUGGAAAUGAUCUGUUGUAGCAAAUACCAAGUAAAUUAUUUUUUGAGCGAUGCCAACAAAUUUCCCUCCAAGCAUCCCAAGCAUUGGAAUCAUUUCUUUCAAUGGAUUUUUCUAACUGCUCAUUUUCUGUUUAAUAUGAAAAAACUAUUUCUAUGUUAAUCAGGCAGAAAGCUUACUUCUGUGUCCACCAUUUUACAGCGCACCCACUGGGGUUUUCUAGGGAACAACCACAUCCAUUCUGUGUCCCUUCAUUUCCUUCUCUUAGCUCCUCCCUCCUGGGGGCAAGCCCCACUGCCUCUGCAGAACAAAGUGCCAGUGUGUGCAGGGACCACCCGGUCAGUCCUGCCCGGCUCUGCAGACAGGCUCCGGGUCCUGGAGCUGACCUCGGGCAGUGCCGGAGCUCUUGCUGAGCCUCCUCUGCUCCACUGGGACAGCCCACCCUGGGCUCCUGCCUCAGGCUUAGGGGCACUGCCGUGCCUCCCUAAAGAAACAGCGAAAGCAGAGGAAGCCUGGCGGGUCCCACAUCCUCCACAGAGCCAGGCCAUCUCUCUCCUCCUCGCAGGCUUGUCCAUCAUGGCUGUCUGUGUUUCCUUAGCUCCGCUCAUUCUCUUCCUUCCCCCCACUCCUACUCCCCGCCCCCCCCCGCCGGAAAAUAAAACAGAAGAUAGAAAACUGC